UAAUAGUGUACUUGGUUCACAUUUGUUUUGAGACGUUGUUCCAAAUCAAUCCGACGAAUAAUUCAAAUUUCGCAUUCUACCGGGAUACUGACUGCGGAGCUCCCAAGCGGUGAAAUCAGAAAGUCCCCAUGGUCAGAUGUAUCCGCUUUUGUGUACUUACUAGUCUUUCUGAACAAUCUAUGCUUAUCUUUCCUUCACUUUUGUUCUAACCUAAAAAUCAGGCUAAAUAUCUAUCACUCCUUGCGCCGUGGAACUUGAAAAACUUCGAACGAAUUCCACCAUGGCAGAGGCUAUGAGGCAAACUAUCGUCGAAAUGUUGAAAGGGAUUGAGAGAUACAAUCCUGACAAUCUUUCCACCCUUGAGAAAUAUGUUGAAAUUCAGUCGAGGGAAAACGCUUAUGAUCUCGAGGCAAAUCUUGCUGUCUUGAAGUUGUAUCAGUUGAAUCCGCAACGCUUUAGUCAAGAUAUAACUUGCCAGAUAUUGCUCAAGGCUUUGACUAAUUUUCCUCACACAGACUUCGUUCUUUGUAAAUGUCUGUUGACUGAAAAAAUUAUUUACAGAAAAGAGGCAAAAGGAAGACAGAUUUGUAAAAUUUUGCAAUUGCAGAUGCAAGAAGAACCAAUCAACCAGAUCAUGUAUUUGGGAGAUAUUUUGGAACAAUGUGAUUUCCAACAUUUUUGGGACAGAGUUUUAUCUAUGCCAGAACUGUGCAACAGAAUAGUUGGGUUUCAGGAUUCCGUCCGCAAAUUCGUCUGCCAUGUCGUAGGAAUUACUUUCCAAACUAUCGACAAAGGUCUGCUUGCCCAGCUACUUGGUGGUAUCGAUGAUUCCACCUUGAAACACUGGGUCAAGAAAUACGGAUGGAAAGAAGAAUCUAAGAAUGUGAUUUUUAUUGCGAAUCAAGAUGAAAACAUCAAGACCAAAAAUAUUACCGAAAAAAUCGACUUUGAAAAUGUUGCUGGACUCAUGGCUGCAUGUCUGUAAGCUACAUGUGGAGUGUUUGAAAUAAAUUUGAUAUCAAAUAAAA